AUGAUCUUGCAUAGGUUCGCAAACCCUCAAACCUCCAUGAAAUGGUCACCUGCUGCUACUUUCACGAUAAAUCGAGUUCGACAGUAUCGAAAACGAGCAUCGAAUUCUUCCGGACGGUCGUAUCCAGAAAACGGUUUUCGUAACCAGCUUCAGAAAAAUCUCCGUCCUGAGCAGUAUAGUGGUCAAGAAGGAACGAUAAUCGAUAAAGGAAAAGGAAGGCUUACGGAAAUUCGGAACAAUCCUAUUACCAAUGGAGUAGCAACUUUUGUUCAUCAUCGCCAGCAUGGUGGUCAUCGAGAAAAUGCGGUGAUCGAUAAAGGAUCUUGGAAAGUGAUCAAUGCCAAUGAACAACGAAAUGAAGAAAAGAGUAAAGUAUAUUAUAAUAUUGACGAGGAAUCGUUCGAGUCAAUAUUGCUUGAUCCCGAAGGUCCGUAUAGUUAUAAUUUCCCUAGACAAAAACGGGCACCACCACCGGAGACUUGGGAUUUCAGACACUUACCGGAAUUCGAGCAAAAAGUCAUCAUGAACCCAUACGCUGCGAUAAUUGGAUCUCAUAUAAGAAAGUGCUUUUACCACGAACGUUGGUUUCCAAGUGAUUUCCUGGUGAGAUUCAUAAGAGCAAAUGAUCGAAUGACGGAUUCCACAUGGAUUGUGCCAGACUUUGUCAGCGCCGAUGGUGCAAAGAGACCUGGCAAAGGUAGAUGGUUAAAAGCUAGUUCAGAAGUGGUUCAGAUUGUCGCGAAGGAAGGGAAGCACAAAGUAAUAGAUAAUGUCGCAUUCUGGAGACCAGAUAUGCACGAUCAUAUUUGGAAAAUGCUAGUAGAAAAUACCACGGAAAGGUUACAAAGAUUAUUUACAAUAGUGCCUAGUCGAAGAUUUCCCGCGAGGAGAGAUAGAGUGUUGUUAGACGUUCUUUCGGAAAUUCCUUUUCCAAGGAAUUUAGAUCAAUCAUCCGUGAAUACCGCUGAGUUAGAUGAUCUGGGGGAUAUAUCAACGUCACUACGUUUUAUAGGAAAAAAUAUUAAUAAGGAGAAUGAAGAAGGCGAGGAGAGUGAAACACAAAGAUUUUACAUAAAUAAUAUAAAACCAAUCGAUGGGCUGCAAUGCGUAUUUGAACUCCAAUUGCCUAAACAUCAACCAAAGUCUCGUGGAUCGUAUGGGGGUUCCAACGGAGAUAUUAGUCCAACGUCAAUGAGAGAGGUAUCGCAAGAAUCUUCAGAACCGUCCGAAUAUUUUCAGCAAGCUGAUGAACCCGAAGAGUCGAAAAUUCCGCCUCGACCAUUUGGCGCGAUAUAUCCCGUGACAUACCGUGUGUUGAAUGAAAAUGAUGAGUUCGUAAAAUAUCAAACACAAUUUGUACCGUUCUACAAUGUCUACAGCAUUUGGGGCAUGAAGGGCAUCGCAAGGUUUAAGGGAUUUAUGAAAAUUCCAAGUCACCAAAAUCCGAGGUUGGGAUUGGUAACUCAUCAAAAUACAAAACAACUGGCAGUUUGUUUGUGGAAAUUGAGAGGGUUUGUUGUAUGA